CACAUGCGCACCCUUAAAUAUUUUUGACAGCUGAAAGAAAAGAAACAAGCGAAAUGUUUGAUGUUGCUUUGAGAAGUGCUGGUGCUGGCGUGGUAUUGGCGACAUCUAGCGAUGAUAAUUACCCACCGGAGAAUAUGAUAGACGGUGACACCCAAACAUUUUGGUCGUCGACUGGAAUGUUUCCUCAGGAAUUCAUUAUAACUUUCACAUCAGUAGUCAACAUUGCAAGGAUUGAAUUAUGUUGUUCAAAUGUGAAAAAUGUUAUUUUUGAAAAAUGUAAAGACCCUGAUCCAUUGAAGUUUGAGAAGAUAACAGAAAGAGAGCUGACACAUGGUGACGGCCAGCUACAAAAUGAAGAUAUAUCGGUGAACGGGGCAGAAGCUCAACACCUACGUGUCAUUAUAGAAUCAGCCUAUGACCAUUUUAUAUCCAUACACAGGAUCAAUGUUCAUGGGAAUGCUGUUCGUGGAUAAAUCAACAGUAUAAUGUGUAGUUAUUGUAAAUCAUGUUAACUUAUUACUGUUUCCUGUUGGGGAGGAUGAGUGUAAAAGAUCUGAACAAGUUUGUUUUAAACAACUCAGAAUUGCAGGAUAAAUCUUCUAUGUUUGAGGGAUGAUUUUGAACAAUUUUGAGUUGUAUGAAUAGAUCAAGUUUUUUUUUACCAGAUGAGUAGAUGUUAAAUGAUAUCUUAAGGAUUCAAGUGACUGAAUCGUUGAUCUGUUGUUGGUGUUUAGAUGAAGAUCUUCCUGGUAAAGACAAUGAUAAACUUAUCCAUUGCUGACUGCUGAUAAUCCGUCCAUUUCUUUUUAUGUUUCUAUUAGUCUGAGGAGUCGUUUAACAUGAAUUCUCAAGCACCUUCAUGUAUAUGACUUGUUUCAACAUUCCAUCAAAUAUAUCUGAAAUAACAAAACAUAUCAUUGUAAAAACAGAUUUUCAAAAAAAAUUCAAUAAAUGAAUUCCAUGUC